AAACAUUCUCAGCCGCAUCGUCAUGUAAUUUUACAUCAGGGAUACUAUAUACGUAGUACGGAGUACAUUAGUUUACGACUCUUCGUCAAUAAGAAAAAUGAAACAAUUUUUAAUUUGCAUCCAAGAACCCUAGAAACACAUCUGAUUCGAUGCAGAAGAAGUAUGGCCGGAGAAGAAACCCGGGAUCUUCGAAAAGUCAAAAUUCUGGUAACAUACCCGGACCCAGAAGCCACCGAUUCAUCUUCCGACGAAGCUGAUCAAGAAACCAAAAUCAAACGUCUCAAAAGAGCUGUUUACGAGGGCUUUAUCCGUUCACCGGCGAAAUCAGGGAAAUCUACCAGCGAUCCGGUUUCGUUGACCGGAAUUCCAUCGCCGUUGACUGUGCCGGGCAAUAGCCACGUUUCGGAUCUGGAGACCGAUAAGGGAUUCAGACAACGCAGAUAUGCCCCUGGGGUCAGGAAGAGGAAGUGGGGGAAAUGGUGCGCAGAAAUCCGGAAUCCCCAUGACCGGCGCCGCGUUUGGUUGGGCACUUUCGAUUCUGAAGAAGCCGCUUCACAAGCUUACGUUUCUAGAAAGCUAGAGUUCGAGAACGCCAAACAAGGUAUAAACAAGGAGAUCGAGACUCUUCCCUUUGAUGUUAGAGUAAGCGAUCAGCCGGAGAAGACGGCCGUUCUAGAUCCGGAUCCGAAACCCGAUUCCCGGACGGUUCCGGCUCAGGACCCGACACCAUUAAAACCUGGCGUAAGGAAAGAGAAGGGAGGGAAGUGGGGGGCGUUCAUUAGGGACCCGUUUGAAAAGAGACGCAUUUGGCUGGGCACUUUUGGUUCAGAGGAGGCAGCUUCGCAAGCUUACCUUAACAAGAAGCUGGAAUUGGAGAUUGCCAAUCAAGGAAAUAAGAAGAAGAUCAAGACUCUUCCUGUUCCAGUUGUUAGCGUUAGCCAUGAGCCAGAGAAGAUAGCAGUUCCGGAUCCGUGUCAGAAAUCCGAUUCCCACAUUAGUCCCGGUCAAAACCUGAAACCACCAAUCCCGGGAGUAAGGAAAAAGGGGAGGAAGUGGGGGGCGACGAUCCGAAACCCGUUUACCAAGAUGCGCAUUUGGCUUGGCAGUUUUGAUUCCGAAGAGGCAGCUUCGAAUGCUUACCUUAAACAGAAGCUGGAGUUCGAGAAUGCCACACAAGGAAUAAAGGAGACCGAGGCUCUUCCAGUUCCAGUUGAUAGCGUUAGACAUGAGCUGGAGAAGACUGCCGUUCCGGAUCCGGAUCCGACAUCCUAUUCCAGCAUUGGUCCUGGUCAAAACUCAAAACCACCAAUCCCUGGUGUAAGGAAAAAGGGGGGGAAAUGGGGGGUGUCGAUCAGGAACCCGUUUAACAAGCGAAGCAUUUGGCUGGGCACUUUUGAUUCUGAGGUGGCAGCUUCGAAUGCUUACCUUAAAAAGAAGCUGGAAUUCGAGGAAGCUACACAAGGAAUAAAGGAGACUGAGGUUCUUCCAGUUCCAGUUGAUAGCGUUAGACAUGAGCCGGAGAAGACUGCCAAUCCGGAUCCGGCAUCCUAUUCCAGCAUUGGUCCGGGUCAAAACCCGAAACCGUCAAACCCUGGUGUAAGGAAAAAGGGGAGUAAGUGGGGGGCGACGAUCAGGAACCCGUUUAACAAGCGGCGUAUUUGGCUUGGCUCUUUUGAUUCUGAGGCGGCAGCUUCGAAUGCUUACCGUAAAAAGAAGCUGGAAUUCGAGGAAGCCGAACAGAGGAUUAAGAAGAAGAAAAUCAGGAUUCUGCCCUUUGGUGUUAACGUUAACAUUAAGCCUUCUUCGCCUCCCGUCCUGUUGACUGAGUCGGAGAAGAGCGCAGUUUCGGACCCGGAUCCACAACCCUAUCCAUCUAAGAAUUCGGAAGAUCAGCCCGUUUCACAUAUGGAUCCUGAUUCGUGUACGGGUCAUAUCCCGAUAACAACGACUGGCCUUAGGAGGAGUAAGAGGGGGCGGUGUGGAGCGCAGCUAAAGUCGCAGUUUCAAUGGCGGCACGUUAGGCAUGGAACGUUCAAGAACCCGGAGUUCAAGAGAAUUGCAAAAUCCAAACAAGGAAAAAAGAAGAAGCAAAAGAGAAAGAACCCGCUGACCGAUCCGGAUCCAGGACCGGGGCCAAUCACGAGGAGUGCCGCCAGAUCCAAACAAGGAUUAAAUAAUUGUUAUCCAGUAAUCAACUCACACCCAAUCAUUAACAAUGAAACCUCAGAAGAAGCUGCUACUCAGGAUAACCAAUGUGUGAGACGAUUGCCCCAGAAUUUUAAUGUACCUAGACGGAUUAGGAUCAAGAAAAUGGCGAAGAUUUCGCCAGUUGGGAUUCACCCAAUUACGGAAGAUAGUUUUGGUCUGGGAACAUUUCAAACUCUCCAAUCCCAGAAAGUUCAUCAUUUCGAGGAUGAGGAAGAUGGAGGAAUGUGGUUGGGGACGUGGGUUCCCAUGGCCAAUGGGAGAGAAGUGAGUUUUUCUUUGAAAUAUGGAGUUCCCAUAAUUGAUAAUUAUGGUUAUCUGCUUGGUGAAUUCCAGAGCUUGGACGAUGAUCUGUGGAUAUGCACACCUGAAGAUGAUGCCCAUCAAGCUUAGCCGAUAAAGCUUAUGAGUCUAUGUUUACUAAAAGAUAUUAAACAAAGUCAUUCAAUUGUUAGUUUUUUAGUUGAAAUAAUUGAAAUGAGGAGAGAAGCCAGCGUUAUUCUUCCUAGUUUUUGACAUUGUAAUAUAUCGAAGUAAUAACAUGUAUAUGACUAAAUUCAAGUCAUAUACAAAAUAUUGUAUCAUGUUCAAUGUAUAUAGAGCAUAUUAUGAGCUUAUGACUAAUACACUGAUUGUUUUGAGGAGAGG